AUAAGGUUACUGAGAUCCGAUCCGUAGCUUCAAUAUGUUUAGUAGAGACUGAUAACACGGAUAGUUGGUAUGAUGCAUGCGGAGAACGUUGUGCUAAUGAAUGCCGUGAGCGUUGUAGUAAGUGUAAUAGGUUUUUUAAUACUGGAGAAUUAACUAGACCCUCUACUUAUAAUGUCCCUGUUUUAAGUGGUUCGCAGAUAAGUACAAUACAAAAUAGCCUUGAUACAAUGAUAGAACGAAGUGGCGGGAAAAAUGAGUAUGAGUAUAAAAUAGAGGUUAAAACCGAAAAAGACAAGAAAAUAGUUUCUCUUGAAGUUGGGAGAGAUGUUGUUCCUACUGAGAGCUUCCAACAAGGGGAGCGGAGUGUUUUUCCCUCCGAAGUAAGCGGUCUAGACUUGGGUAUUGAUUUAAGCCAAAACAGAGAAAUUUCUGUGGCGAGUUUUUCUUUGAUUGAAAGACCUGCUAGCAGUUCAGAGAAAGGAAAAGUAUUGUGGGAAAGAAAAAUAGUCAAGGACAGACAAAACGACAGUGAGGUUUUAAAUGAGCGAGAGGAUGACUCGGUUGUUCCUACGGUGAAGGAAGAUUAUGAGGGAAGCCAGGAGGAAGUUUCAGAAAACUUGACAAAUCAAGAAGAAGUAAUUAUCCGUUCUUCUAAUAGUCGGCGACUUACUGAUGGAGGUCAAGUUAACUUUGUUGAAUAUCAGCAGGUUUCUCCUAUGGAUAUCGACCAGUCUAGUCCAGAAAGUCCUUCAUCCGAAACAGAUUUUAAACGACUGCUAUCUGAUGAUGAAAUCGAAAAAGCAGAUAGGGAACAAUUGGAAGAUUUAAAAAGGCGAGUAGAAGCAGAGUUAGAAAUUAGGAGGCAGGUUGAAGCGGAUUCAAGUAGUAGUUCUCAAAAACUGAGUUAUAAGGUAAGCACCCAAGAAUUAAGAAAUAAAUUACAAAAGUCCGAACAACUUCUUAGUAAUUAUCAAAAUCCUAGUUUAGAUAAUAAGGAUAACCGCGGAAAGGUUGGAAUUAUUACAGCUAUUGCUGGUGUUAGCACCUUAGCAAUUAGUAGGGUUGUUCCUCCUGAACACAUUGCAAAUGAAGAAAAGUUUAGCAAUUAUGUAGGAUUUGAUGGCGAAGAGACUGUUCUCGGACCAUUCCAUAAAAUAGGUUGUCCAGUUAACGAGUUAGCGGUAUUAGUUUUAAAUCUUCAUGGCUCAAAAAUAAGAUAUAAUGACUGGGAAAAGCAAGAAGAAAAGGCCA